GCUCGAAAAGUUGGCUUCUGUAAGAAAGGAUAUUCAUUUUGAUUCUUGUUGCUUCCUUCUUGCAGGUUUUUCCCAAGAUAAAAGAUUCUAUUCAGGGUGGGAUUAUGCUAUUUGUCAGUUCUUAUUUUGAGUAUGUUCGUAUAAGAAACUUCUUGAAGUCUCAAAAUGCAUCCUUCUGUUUGCUUGGAGAGUACACAAAACAAAGUGAUAUUUCUCGUGCACGGGUUUGGUUUUUUGAAGGAAAGCGAAAAAUCAUGCUUUACACUGAAAGAGCUCACUUUUAUCACAGAUACAAGAUCCGUGGCAUUCAGAAUCUAAUCAUCUAUUCUCUUCCUGAGAGGAAAGAAUUUUACCCUGAGAUUGUGAAUAUGCUUGAAGGGUCCCAUAACAUGACUUGCACUGUGCUUUUUUCUCGCUUUGAUCAAUUCCGGCUGGAGAGGAUAGUAGGAAGUGGGCCAGCAAAAAGGAUGGUGGCAUCAGAGAAGAAUGUUUUUGUUUUCUGUUAGAAGAUUUCUCCAUGCUCUGCAAUUUUGGGAAAUUAUGGAAGUGCUUUGGAGUAUUUCUAUUUGAAGUGCUUCUAGUCGAAGUAUUUUUCAAAAGUGUUUUUUAGAUAAUCAUCUAUUAAGUGCAUCUCUAGAAGCACUACAGGCGAUUUUUCAUAACUUUUUAAAAUAUUUUCUAAAUUUUUCAAAACCUUUAAAAAAUAUUUUCUAAAUUUUGUCAAACAUCUGAUUUUUUUUUUUUUUUUUUAAAAAUGCUUUUUAUGUUAAAAGUGUUUUCUGAAAGCACUUCCAAAUGGGCUCUGACAACAAAAGGGUAAGGAGAAGGGGUUGAACAAUUGAUGCUUAGUACUGAAUAUAGGUCUUCAUCUUCUUGAAAGGUCCUUGGUGAGGUGAUUUAUUAGGAGUAAGUCCUCUGCUUCCUAAUCUAUAUUGAAUUGCUCCUAAAUAUUUUGUGAUAGCAUAGUCACAAGGAAUUAUGUAAACCUAUAUUAUUUUGUUACAAUUUUCAUACUUCAUUUACAUUU